UGAACAGGAGUGAGGACCGGCAGCCACAGGGUCUACAGAACCCUCUCUGCCCAUCGUUCCCAGAUGGAGCCUCAGCCUUUCCAAACAUGGCCUGGAGACAGCUGGUCCUCACCUCCUGCCUCUCGGCUGCUGCGGUGCUCCUCUCCAUGCUGCAGGAGGGGACCGGUGUGUCGGUGGGCACCAGGCAGGUGGGAGGACAAGAGGCCCAGGAAGGUGAGUGCAGGGAGAUUUUCAUGUGGGAAUCAGAUGCCUCAAAUUUCCUUAAGAAGCGUGGCAAGCGGUCCCCCAAAUCCCGAGAUGAGGUCAAUGCGGAGAACAGGCAGCGGCUGUGGGCUGACGAGCUGCGGAGAGAGCAUCACGAGGAACAGAGGAACGAGUCUGAGAACUUCGCAGAGGAGCAAAACGACGAACAGGAAGAGAGAAGCCGGGAGGCCAUCAAGCAGUGGCGCCAGUGGCAUUAUGACGGCCUGUACCCCUCCUAUCUCUACAACUGCCACCACAUCUGACCUCAGCCUGACAGACCCAGAAGACGAAGCCUGAGAUGCCCCACCCACCCCCGGUGUUCGGGUACUUCUCUCCUACACAAACAGGCCCCUUCCCAGGGCCUCAGCUUGGGGCCUGCAGUGGGACACACACAUACCUUCCGUUCUGAUGGAUUAAAACGCCCUGGCUUCUGCUUCUUGGCAGAUGAUUUUCUGGGUGAGCAAAGGCUUGUGAGGCCUCCUAAUGUCAAUCCUACAUGGUUUCCCUUUGCUUUGCCACUGUUCCCAAGGUGAGACUCCUGUCCCAUAGAACGAUCAGUCUGCUUAUAGUUCAUAAAUUAAAAUGCUCAGUCAACACUCUGUAUUGUCUCCUCGAAUCUCAUCCAUCCUUUGGCAGAUUUCUUUUUAACCACUUAUCUGGAGCCCCUAAGGACUAGGGAGUAGUAAUGAGAGAACAGAGAAGACUCAGGUAAAAGAAUGUCCCAAACGCCACCCUUUUGACAAGGCCAGUCUCUGAAAAUACAGAUCCUCCAUCACGAAUUCCUGUGACACUCCGCUGCCCAGAUUCCACGUCCUGUUUCCU